AUGUCCACACCGACACCGGAUACGGCUCCUACUGCUCUUCCCCUCCACAGAGCCAUGUUGCAGGCCAUUGAAUUGGUGAAAACCAGGAUUCGGCAACUCGAGCAAGGCAAUGUAGCAGCCACGCUCCCCGAGAGGGCUCGAUAUGACAUGCUUCUUGGAGCCUGCCACAAUAUGGACCCGAUGUUUCUUAUCCUUCACCAGGUGUACUGUUGCUGGAUAACAAACAGAACAGCAGCACAUGUCCGCUUUUCCAUUCCAUCCACUGUCAUCGACGUAGCCUUUGCAUUCCUCAUGGCCUUUGCCUCAAAUUGGUCACAUGUCUUGGUAGCCAUCAGAUCCAAGCAGGUGCCCCUUAUGGCAUUUAAAAUUCGUGACUACUUCUCUUGUACGUCGCCAACCAUCGCCAUCACGCUCUUCACGUACAUCCGCAGAGUAAUCGGGGUGCCCAACGGACCGCUAGGAGUCGAGAUCAGCCAACUCUUCACCAUGGACAGCUGCCAGGAGCGCGCCUUUGAAGAGCAGAAAGUUUCGCCAGAUGAAAUGGCGCGUGUUCGCAGCACCGUGCUGAGGAGCUACCUGGCUGUCGUGCAGAAGGCUCGGGUGCAACGAGCCAGUCUCGCAGCCGUGCCAGCUGCCAACUCCCAGGGAGCACCUGGCAGCAAGAUUGAGGUAAACAACACAAACACAGACGCAAAUAUAAACACAAACACAAACACGAACAAAUAUAACAAUAGCUACGAUAGCAACAAGAGCAGCAACCUGAAGGCCUCCCUGGAGGCACCGCAAGAGCCGCAGCUUCUUCGUCCUCUUCAAGACCCUCAGCACGAAGCACAGGCUACCAUGGCUCCUCCUCAGCCUCACUCUUCUCUUCCGCAUGUUUCAUCCCAAAGCUCCCCUCAGAGCGCUAGACCUGGCUCUCUGCCUGCGCGCCCAGCGUCUCAACCAGCAGCUAGUUCCGAGGGUCGGCCUCGGCCAGAUGGCCUCCAAUAUUCAGCAGACGCUACUGACAGCCCACAAACUUCGCAGGCGGCGAGGGUGUCAGGACCGCCGGCGCCGCCCGUCUUGGAGCAGCAGGAUUUUCUGUCUCCGAUGAUUUCAUCGCAAGACGAAUCACUGCCACCUGCAGAUCAACGGCUGAGGCAGCAUCAAGACCGGAAUACUUCUCUCCCUUCUCCUUCUCAGCCUCAGUACCCUCCUCUUCCUUCGCGUCCUCCCAUCCCUCAUUAUCCCUCUCCCCCUCCUCCGCCUCCUCCGCCUCCUCUACGUCCAUCUACUCCUCAUAUCCCACAUCCUUCUCCUCCCCAGCAGCCGCAGGAGCCUCAUCGCCCUCAAUAUGCUUCUGCAUCAGCGCCUCGUUCCCAGCAGUAUUAUUCUCCCUAUCCCCACACUCUUGGGAAUCCGCCACAAUCCCAGCAUGCUCAGCACCCACAAAUAUAUCCAAACCAGCAACAAACUCCCUUUGCUCAGCCUUACCAGCACCCUCAGCAUCCGCAACACUCUCAGCAAUCCCAGCAAGCUCUACUUCUCCAGCAGAUGCAGAAUCCCCAGCAUCCGCGGCACCAUGAGUAUCUUCAGUUACAGCAGCAGCAGCAACUGUACGCUCGGCAGCAACGCGUUGUUCAGCAGCACAACCAGAGUCACGUCCGAGGCCCAAAUCCCCAGCCAAUCCAAAAUCCAACUUCCAUGCCGCAGAACCCUUUUCUGCCCCCGUCGGGACAAGCCCAACAGCGUGGGCCAACGUCUCUGCCAUCCGAUGGUCCGCCUUCGCUCCAGUCUCACCCACAUCAGCAGAGUAUACCGCAACCAGAAAUGCUGCAAACUGGUCUAGGGUCCCAGAGUACUCAGGGGUCUGAGCACUACCAAGGUCGUCAAGGCCAGCCUCUCCCCCAUCCCCAGGUAUCAGUAGAAAUGCUGCAGACUCCCGGCCUGCAUUAUGUACAACUGCAACAGACUGCUCGAGAUCGCCUUUCAGCGCCAGCACCGCGUUCUGACCCAACAAGCAGCCAGUCUGCAAAUACUACUCAUCCCGUAAAUGCACGUCGUUUCAGCCCGCAUGAAUCCACCUCAGGACAAGCAAGCCUUCACUUGAUCGGUUUGCAUAGCCCUCGAAGAACUCCAUCCAGUCCGGUACUGGGUGCGCAAAAGCAGAUGACUCGUUACUAUCAGUUCUUCUUAGAGUUCGCCGUGGAACCAACAGAAAUUCCUCCGCAGAUGGGAGUCACCGUCCUCGAAUUUGAUGUAACUCAAGAAGAGAUAGACCGUCUCUCCAUUACGAGCCGACCACCUCCCUCGCCUCUUGAGGAUCCGCUCAUUAUUCAGUUGCCUGUGAGCCGGCACUUCAAUAACUCUCUUCGAUUCCGUCUUCGCAUGUGCACCAGCCGCAAGGAGAGACCUACGACUAUCCAUCCAGCUGUAUGGGCCCGAGGCAAAACUUACUGGCCGCCUCACAUCUUCGUCUCAGUCAAUGAGGAGAUCAUUCAUGUGCGCCGCAAGCAACAUUUUCAUCAUGAUUUACCGCUCGAGCUCACCGACUCGGUGUUCAAGGGAAAAAAUAAGAUCAAAGUCAACCUACCACAGUAUCCUCAAAACGUCAUACAAGACAUUGCCUACUUGAUGGCUGUCGAGCGCAUUAUCACGCUGGAUCACAAUUCUGUCUGGGACAUGGUGACUUUUGGCCCCCAUAUUGGGGCGGAAGUGACCAAGAAGGAGAUCUGCAGGCGGCUCAGGGCAUUGGAUACGGAUGAGAUGAUCAUUGAAAGCGGCGUCUUAAAUGUUUCGGUCGUGGACAUAUUCAGCUCCACUCUCUUUAACAUGCCGAUUCGAGGCCACAACUGCCCGCAUAUCGAGUGUUUUGACUUGGGGAAUUGGUUGGUUUCUCGCCCAAGCAAGCCAUCGCCGGGCCCAGGCGAGCCGAGUACGGUAGACUGCUGGGCCUGCCCUAUAUGCGGUCUGGAUGCGCGGCCUUGCAACCUCCAAGUGGACGAUUUCUUUCUCGAUGUAGCGAAAAAGCUCUUGGCUAGUGGCAAGAUGAACGUGAAAAAAAUCAAGGUGCUUGUGGACGGCAGCUGGACCGCCAUAGAAGAGGGCGGUGAAGGCGAAGAAUUGUCAGACUCUGAGAGUGCCCAUCAGAGCCCUCCGAGCCGCGUUAAGACGCAGGAGAUAACUCCCGAUGCGAUGGAAUAG